CAGUUAAAACACUAAUAUAUAGUAAUCAUAUGUGGGAAGCAACGCCUUAUUGACUGAGGUGUGUGGACAUGUUGUAGUGCGGAGACCGAACAUACAGAAAGCCACAUGGACGACAUUUUGGUGAUGGUGGACAAUGUCUGUUACGUCGGGUUUCUGGAAAAGGAAGAAGAAGAUCUUGGACAAGUACAAGGAACAUCCGAGCUUUGGGGCAAGCCUUCAGAUUCAGCCGGUCAGAAAAAAAUAGACAUCACAGACUACCAGCGCAACAUAGGCCCUGACACAAUCACCAUGACUGUACAGGUGUGUGUUUGUAUAAAACGAAUCAAAUUUAAUCCAAUGAAGGAAAUCAAGCUCAGCAUCAAUGCCCGCCAAGUCUCCUCAAUAUGUAUAAAAUGUCCACAUAUCGUUGAGAUGCUGAAACAAUAAAACGAAACUACUAAU